GUUGCUUAAACUGAAUGCACUGAGUUAGUAGAUAACUAGAUGCAGUGAAAACGUGUUCGUUAUGUUUGACGUGAGACAAGAGUAGAAAAAUAUUGGAUAACAAUGGCGGACGAGAAACUACCAGCGGGUUGGGAAAAACGCUUGAGUAGAUCUACCGGGCAACAUUAUUAUUUAAAUAUUUAUACUAAAGAAAGUCAGUGGGACAGGCCAGAUAAACCUGCUGAUCCAUCUGGAAGUAAUAAAGGAGAUGGCCCAGAAGAAGUUCAAUGUUCUCAUUUGUUAGUAAAACAUUCAGGUUCCCGAAGACCGUCUUCUUGGCGAGAAGAAAAUAUCACACGAUCAAAAGAAGAAGCUUUGGAGCUUAUUAAAUCUUACAGAGAACAAAUAGUGUCCGGGAAAGCAACAUUUGUGGAACUAGCUUCAAAUUAUAGUGAUUGUAGUUCUGCUAAGCGAGGUGGGGAUUUGGGACCAUUUAGUCGAGGGACUAUGCAAAAGCCAUUUGAACAAGCAGCAUUUGCCCUUAAAGUUGGCGAACUGUCAUCUCCUGUUCAUACAGACAGUGGUAUUCAUAUUAUCCAGCGAACAGCAUAAAGAAGAUUAAUUUCUAAUAAAGUAUUCAAUCUCUUAAACCAAUUGCCUCAGUUUUGCUGAUAAUAUAUGUUUGACUAAAGGGUCAAAUUUGGAUACCUCUAUUAAGAAUCAAGUACAUUUACUCGUACAAUGAAAGAACUUUUUCUGUGUGAACGAUACAUAUGCAAACAACAUUCUGAUACUUCAGCGUUGAGUUAUGUAUUUGUGUCUUCCAGUCAUCCAAGCAGACAUGACUUAUUACAGAUUAUGAAUUAAUUAAUAUUUCCUUCAAGAUGAAAAAGAAACCAAGUAAAAGCAGUGUCCAAAAAGUUAAGUCAGAUAAAAUAGACAAGAUAUGCAUGCUUCAUCAGAAUUCUCUAUUUUUAUCUGCUGCCCUUACAUUCCUUAAGUAUUAGAUUAAUUUAAUUGACUUAACAUGUCAAUUCAGCUGUCUCUAGAAAAGAAUUCAUAUAAUCCCUGUAUUAGAAGGAAAAAUAAAUCAUUGAAUUAAGAUUAUCAAAUGCAAAACCAUUUAAUUAAUAAAAUAUAUACAUAUGUACAAAUAUUUACUAUUAUGAAGUUGUUGCUCAACUACUGGCAGAUAUUUGUGUUAUUUUACCAUUACGUUCAUGACUUGUUUUACAGCCGAAAAUAUUACUUUAUAGACUUGAUGAAGGAGAUAUUAUGUGAUUUUUACUUAUACUUUGCUAUUGUUAGUUCGUAUAUAAACAUGCAUGAAAUGAGACCCAUUUCUAUUAUGCAUCUUUCAUCCUGUUUUAAGCCUCCCUUAAAUUUAAAUGAGAUUUUGUUUCAAACAAAAUACAAUACAAAACCCAAUGAUUAUAAUUGACUGAAACAAUUUCCAUUUUUCUAGUCUAUUACCUGUAUUCAACAAUUAUUGAUUGUGUUUCUAGAGACUGUGAACAUUUGUGCAACACAUUCUACUUACUAUACUUACUUAUGUGUUAUAAUUGUAUUAAAUAUUUCUUAUGAUCUAGCUUGUGAUGAAUACAAUUUAAUCAGUGUAUAUGUACUGGUGAAGUAAUUUGUUCCUCAAAAAAAAAGG